GUUUCCUGUUGGGCACGGGCGAAGCUGCUGCCUCCUCCUCCUCGCUCCUUGGGAUUUACCGUCGGGAGAGGCUCGGGAAGGGCCCCCGCCGCCUCCACCUCUCCUCCUCUUCCUCCUCCUCCUCCUCUUCCCCAGCCUUCCUCCAUCCUCCAUCCCCGCGGGCGGCCGCCGCACGCCGAGCCCCAGAGCCUCCCCCCCCCCGCUCCUCCCCGCUGGAUUUUGGGGGUGCCGCCGUGCCUGGGGGGUGGGGGGGGGCUCCGGCACCCCCGGGAGCUGCGAUUGUCGCCGGUCCCAUGUGAGCUGCAAGGCACGGCUAUGCCCCUGGGGACACCGCGCUCCGCCCCGCUAAGGUGCUGCUGGCCGCGACCAUGAGCGCCGGCGACAGCCGCGAGCCGCGCCCGGCCGAGGUGCGGGUGCCCAUCACGGCGCCGCGCCGCCCCGAGCAGCCGCCCGAGGAUGCCGGUACCGGCUCCGGCUCCGGCAGCGGCUCCGGCUCGAGCAGCGGCUCCCCCGGCCGCGAGCCGCCCGCCGAGCUGGGCUCCGAGGAGGAGGAGCAGGUGCCGUACCCGGCGCUGGCACCCACCGCUUUCUUCUGCCUCAAGCAAACCACCCGCCCGCGCAGCUGGUGCCUCAGGCUGGUCUGUAAUCCCUGGUUCGAGCACGUGAGCAUGCUGGUGAUCCUGCUCAACUGCGUCACCCUGGGCAUGUUCCAGCCCUGCGAGGACGUGGAAUGCCAGUCGGAGCGCUGCACCAUCCUGGAGGCGUUUGACGACUUCAUCUUCGCCUUCUUUGCCGUGGAAAUGGUCAUCAAGAUGGUGGCCCUGGGCAUCUUCGGGCAGAAGUGUUACCUUGGGGACACCUGGAAUCGCCUGGACUUCUUCAUCGUCAUGGCAGGGAUGAUGGAAUAUUCCCUGGAUGGACACAACGUGAGCCUCUCCGCCAUCCGCACCGUCCGCGUCCUGCGGCCACUGCGGGCCAUCAACAGGGUCCCAAGUAUGAGGAUCCUGGUGACCCUGCUGCUGGACACUCUGCCUAUGUUAGGCAACGUCCUCCUCCUGUGCUUCUUCGUCUUCUUCAUCUUCGGGAUUGUCGGGGUCCAGCUCUGGGCGGGGCUGCUGAGGAACAGGUGCUUCCUAGACAGGAAUUUUGCCAUGACGUACAACCUGACCUUCCUGCACCCCUACUACCGGCCGGACGAGGCGGAGGAGAACCCCUUCAUCUGCUCCUCGCACCGGGAGAACGGGAUGCAGAGGUGCUCCAACAUUCCCAGCAGGAAGGAGUCCAAGGUGGAGUGCACCCUGAGCAUGGAUUCCUACAGCCCCAGCCUGGCCAGCCCCGAGCCCAGCAGGAAUUCCUGCAUCAACUGGAACCAGUACUACAACGUGUGCAUGGCCGGGGACGUGAACCCCCACAACGGGGCCAUCAAUUUUGAUAAUAUUGGAUAUGCCUGGAUUGCUAUUUUUCAGGUGAUAACCCUGGAAGGAUGGGUGGACAUCAUGUAUUACGUGAUGGAUGCACAUUCUUUUUACAAUUUUAUAUAUUUUAUACUGCUCAUCAUAGUCGGCUCCUUCUUCAUGAUUAACCUGUGUCUGGUGGUGAUAGCAACCCAGUUUUCGGAGACCAAGCAGCGGGAGAACCAGCUGAUGCAGGAGCAGCGGGCGCGCUACCUGUCCAACGACAGCACCAUCGCCAGCUUCUCGGAGCCGGGCAGCUGCUACGAGGAGCUGCUCAAGUACAUCUGCCACAUCUUCAGGAAGGUGAAGCGAAGGACAAUCCGCCUCUACAACAACUGGCAGAGCAAACGCCGGAAAAAAGUCAACCCCAACAGCAGCAGCAGCGGGCAGAGCCAGCGGAGCAGGAGGAGAAUCACCUCCAUCCACCACCUGAUCCACCACCACCACCACCACCACCACCACCACUACCACAUCAGCAACGGGAGCCCCCGUGGGCCUCGUGCCAACCCCAAGAUCUGCGAGCUGGAGCUGCAGGUGAUGAAGCCUGGCAGGCAGCUGAUGCUUCCCCCUCCUCCCUCGCCCAGGCCGCAGGGCCCUGCUGCUCCCCGUGCCGACGCUGAGGCCGUGCACAGCAUUUACCACGCGGAUUGCCACGUGGAGGGGCCCCCCGGGGGCUGCAAGGCUCCCAGUGCCCCUGCUGGCAGCAAACUGGCCGGGCUGGCCACCCACGGCAGCAUGAACUACCCCACUAUCCUGCCCUCCCCUGGCAGCAAGGGCGGCUCCACGCCCCUUCCCAAAGGGAAGAAGAACGGGAAUUCUCCGGUGGCCGUGGUGAACAGCCCAGGGAAUUUGGGCCUGGAUUCUUACGGAAAGCUGCAGCAGCUGGUGGGAGAGCAUGGUCUCCGCCGGACGCCCAGCCGGCUGUCGGGGCUGAGCACGGCCGGGGCGCUGCCCAGCCCUGGUGGCCCCCGGCUGAGCUGCGAGCUGCAGGACUGUCCCUUCUGUGCCAGUCUCCUGGACGACCCCGAGUUCGCCCUCAGCGACUCCGACAGCAACGGCGACUCCGACAGCAACGGCGUCUACGAGUUCACGCAGGACCUGCGGCACGGCGACCACCGGGACCAGCUCCAGCAGCAGCGGGUCAGGAGGAGGAGGAAGAAGAAGAAAGCCAAGGAGAGGAACAAGGUGACAAAGCUGUGGCGGGCAUUCGGCACCAAACUCAAGCGGAUCGUGGAGAGCAAAUACUUCAACCGCGGGAUCAUGAUCGCCAUCCUCAUCAACACCCUCAGCAUGGGCAUCGAGUACCACGAGCAGCCAGAUGAGCUGACCAACGCCUUGGAGAUCAGCAACAUCGUCUUCACCAGCAUGUUUGCCCUGGAGAUGCUCCUGAAACUCCUGGCCUUUGGAAUCUUUGGCUACAUCAAGAACCCCUACAACAUCUUCGACGGGAUCAUCGUGGUCAUCAGUGUCUGGGAGAUCAUCGGGCAGUCGGACGGGGGCCUGUCCGUGCUCCGGACGUUCCGGCUGCUCCGCGUGCUGAAGCUGGUGCGCUUCAUGCCCGCCCUGCGCCGCCAGCUCGUGGUGCUCAUGAAGACCAUGGACAACGUGGCCACCUUCUGCAUGCUGCUCAUGCUCUUCAUCUUCAUCUUCAGCAUCCUUGGCAUGCACCUUUUUGGAUGCAAGUUCAGCCUGAAAACCGACACGGGAGACACAGUUCCAGACAGGAAGAAUUUUGAUUCCUUACUCUGGGCCAUCGUGACUGUGUUCCAGAUCCUCACGCAGGAGGACUGGAACGUAGUGCUGUACAACGGGAUGGCCUCCACCUCCUCGUGGGCCGCCCUCUACUUCGUGGCCCUGAUGACCUUUGGCAAUUACGUGCUCUUCAACCUGCUGGUGGCCAUCCUGGUGGAAGGAUUCCAGGCAGAGGGAGAUGCCAACAGGUCAGACACAGAUGAGGACAAGACAUCUGCCAACUUCGAGGAUGAGUUUGAGAAGCUGAAAGACUUCCAAGCAACAGAGAUGAAGAUGUACUCCCUGGCUGUCACCCCCAACGGGCACCUGGAGGGCAGGGGGGCCAUGCCCCCGCCCAUCAUCAUGCGCACGGCGGCCACCCCGAUGCCCACCCCAAAGUGCUCCCCACACCUGGACUCCCUGCACGCCUUCGGGGACUCGAGGAGAGGCAGCAACGCCUCGCUGGAGCCCACGGGCUACGACCAGAAGUCCUUGUCCAGCCUUCGCAGCUCCCCCUGCGUCAACUGGGGCACCAGCAGCAACUGGGGCAGCCGCCGCUCAAGCUGGAACAGCCUGGGCAGGGCCCCGAGCCUCAAGAAGAAGAACCAGUCGGGAGAACGGGAGUCCCUGCUGUCCGGAGAGGGAAAAGGCAGCACGGACGAUGACUCGGACGACGCCAAGUCCAGCACGCUCAGCCGGCCCUCGCUGCCCCGCCGGGCGGAAUCCCUGGAUUACCGCGGCUCCCUGGAGCUGCCCGAGCUGCUCCGGGUGCCCUCCGUGCGCCAGCUCGGCCUGGGGCCCGCGGCCCUGCUGCCCGCCGAGUUCCAUGACUGCAAUGGCAAGAUGGGCCACGGCCCCGGAGAGUUCUUCCUGAGGGUGGAUGGCCACAAGGAGGAUGCCCUGGACUACGAGGAUGACAUGGAGGAUAGUUAUUGCUACCGGAUCCGCAAAGCCCUGGAGCCCUACAAACCCCGCUGGUGCAAGACUCACGAGGACUGGUCCCUCUACUUGUUUUCCCCACAGAACAGGUUCCGAGUGAUGUGCCAGAAGGUCAUUGCCCACAAAAUGUUUGACCACGUGGUGCUGGUCUUUAUCUUCCUCAACUGCAUCACCAUAGCUCUGGAGAGACCAGACAUCGACCCCCUGAGCACGGAAAGGAUAUUCCUGAGUGUCUCUAAUUACAUCUUCACUGCCAUCUUUGUGGCUGAAAUGAUGGUUAAGGUGGUGGCCCUUGGCUUUUUCUCUGGGGAGAACACCUACCUGCAGAGCAGCUGGAACGUCCUGGAUGGAGUCCUGGUCUUUGUAUCCAUCAUUGACAUCAUCGUGUCCAUGGCAUCAGCAGGAGGAGCCAAAAUCCUGGGAGUCCUUCGUGUGUUGAGGCUUCUGCGGACCCUGAGACCUCUGCGAGUCAUCAGCAGAGCCCCAGGUCUGAAGCUGGUGGUGGAAACCUUGAUCUCCUCCUUGAGGCCUAUUGGGAAUAUUGUUCUCAUCUGCUGUGCUUUCUUCAUCAUCUUUGGGAUUUUAGGGGUCCAGCUUUUUAAAGGCAAGUUCUACUACUGUGAUGGCCCUGAUGUCAAAAACAUCACCACGAAGGCCGACUGCACCAACGCUCACUACAAAUGGGUCCGGAGGAAGUACAACUUCGACAAUUUGGGGCAGGCCCUGAUGUCCCUGUUUGUCCUCUCCUCCAAGGAUGGCUGGGUGAACAUCAUGUACGAUGGGCUGGACGCCGUGGGCAUUGACCAACAGCCCAUCCAGAACCACAACCCUUGGAUGCUGCUCUACUUCAUCUCCUUCCUGCUCAUCGUCAGCUUCUUCGUGCUCAACAUGUUCGUGGGGGUGGUGGUGGAGAACUUCCACAAGUGCCGGCAGCACCAGGAGGCGGAGGAGGCGCGGCGCCGGGAGGAGAAGCGGCUCCGCCGCCUGGAGAAAAAGCGCAGGAGUAAGGAGAUGUACCUGUCUGAAGCCCAGCGCCGGCCCUACUACGCCGACUACUCGCCGGCGCGGAGAUACAUCCACAGCCUGUGCACCAGCCACUACCUCGACCUCUUCAUCACCUUCAUCAUCGGCGUCAACGUCAUCACCAUGUCCAUGGAGCACUACAACCAGCCCAAGUCCCUGGAUGAAGCCCUCAAGUACUGCAACUACGUGUUCACCAUCGUCUUUGUGUUCGAGGCGCUCCUGAAGUUGGUGGCCUUUGGUUUCCGGAGGUUCUUUAAGGACAGGUGGAAUCAGCUGGACUUGGCCAUAGUUCUCCUGUCAAUCGUGGGGAUCACACUGGAGGAGAUCGAGAUGAACGCUGCGCUUCCCAUCAAUCCCACCAUAAUCCGGAUCAUGAGGGUGCUCAGGAUAGCCAGAGUGCUGAAACUGCUGAAAAUGGCCACGGGCAUGAGAGCUCUGCUGGACACGGUGGUGCAAGCCCUGCCCCAGGUAGGGAACCUUGGCCUACUUUUUAUGCUCCUGUUUUUUAUCUAUGCUGCCCUGGGAGUGGAAUUGUUUGGCAAGCUCGAUUGCAGUGAUGAGAACCCCUGUGAAGGCCUGAGCCGCCACGCCACCUUCACCAACUUCGGCAUGGCCUUCCUCACCCUCUUCAGGGUGUCCACGGGGGACAACUGGAAUGGGAUCAUGAAGGACACGCUCCGGGAAUGCACUCGGGAGGACAAGCACUGCCUCAGUUACCUGCCCGUCAUCUCCCCCGUCUACUUCGUCACCUUCGUCCUCAUCGCCCAGUUCGUCCUGGUCAACGUGGUGGUGGCAGUGCUGAUGAAGCACCUGGAGGAGAGCAACAAGGAGGCCAAGGAAGACGCUGAGAUGGAUGCUGAGAUCGAGCUGGAGAUGUCCAGAGGAACCAAUGCUGCUGGCGGGAGCCGGGGCGGGGCCGGGGCCCCUGAGAGCCGGGCGCUGCACGGGAACCAGGAGCACACCAAGGCCGUGCUGCAGGGGAAGCACCAAGCCCUGGGCAGUGCAGCCUCCCUGAGGCCCCAGGAUUCCCAGAACCUGCUGACCGUCCGCAAGAUCUCCGUGGCCCGGAUGCACUCCCUGCCCAACGACAGCUACAUGUUCCGGCCCGUGACUCCGGCAAAGGCCCCGUUCCCCCUGCACGAGGUGGAGAUGGAGACGUAUCCCUGCAAAGCCCAAAGAGGAUCCAUCACCUCCAUCCGCUCCCAGCCCGUGGGGACGAGUUCCUCGCUGAGAGUGCCCACGGAGUCGCUGCCGCUGGCCGCGCGCUCCCCCGGCCACGAAGGGCGGCACCGCUGGAAGGCCCUUCCCCCCCACGGCACCCCCCGAUCUCCUGCUCUCAACAAGCUGCUCUGCAGACAGGAGGCCGUUCGGACAGACUCAGUGGACGGACAGACUCAGGAGCGCAAGGACAGCCUGCAAGCAGAGCCUGGCGAGCCCCAACCAUCAGCAAAGCAGCCCCAGAGUACCCUCACCCCCAGCCCUCUCCAUUCCCCCCUCCCGGCCACCCCUCCGCGCUCCCCCCCGUCCUCCCCACACCGGCCCCUCGGCCCCCUGGCACGGAAGCACACAUGUGGCCAGCACGGUGUUCCCAGCCGGCCACCCAGCCCCGCCAGCCCCUCUGGCCCCGAGGGCUGCCAGGGCGAGCCCUCGGACCUGGCUGACGAGGAGGUUCGGCACAUCAACAGCUCGGCCAAAGACUGGGCAGAGGAGCACUCGGACCCCAGCAGCCGCUCCACCUCACCCUUCACCUCGCCGGCCCCGUCCCCCGUGCCCCUCAAGAACUGCAGCACAAGCAGCCUCUCCUGCAAGGAGAAGGACUUGAAGAAGUUCUACAGCACCGACACCAAGGGCUUCCUCAGCAAGCCCAGCUGGGCCGACGAGCAGCGGCGCCAUUCCAUCGAGAUCUGCCCCUCCGGCGGCGCCCCGGACUGCGGCUUCCAGGACCCCGCUGAGGACAAGCAGCGGCCCCCUGCCCACAUCCAGCCAGAGGCCGACUACAUCCAUGGAGCCCGGAGGAAGAAGAAGAUGAGCCCGCCCUGCAUUUCUAUAGAUCCUCCCAUGGAGGAUGACACCGGGGCGGCCCCGCGCACCAAACCCUCCGAGAACACCCUGCUGCGGAGGAGGACCCCGUCCUGCGAGUUCCCGGCCUACCGAGAAUCCCUGGAGCUCGCGGAGAGCCAGCCCCCGUGCCGCGGGGAGCACCUCAGCAUCCCCAACUUCUCCUUCGAGCAGCUGGACGGCGGCUCCUUGAGCAGCCUCUCAGAGCUGCUGGACAGCGGCCAGUCCACACCGGCCUCCAUGGACUCGCGGCCGGACGCGGAGCUGAAAAAGCCGGAUCACUUAAAAACUCAGUGGAGCAACGGCGAGAGGAGCAAAGAGCUGCUGGGCACUGCCAAGAGCCCCCUGCGGAAGCAGGACUUGGGCCCCGUGACUGUUGCCACAGAAGAAGGCACGGAUGACCCAGUAUAGCCGCUGGGCCGGGGGAGCGGGGGGGUCUCAAGGGCUUUGUCACCAGUGUGGGGGUUCCAAAGCGAGGGCACCCAGGGGUCGGGGGUGGCCGUCACCGGGGCCGUCCCCUCGCUGCGGUCACUCGAAGCGCUGUGGAAGUUUGCAAAAAAAACCACACACACACACACAGAGACACACACAGACACACAAAGAAGUGAAAAAGAAACCAAACGAACGGCUGGACGAAACUGGGGAUGGGUUUUUUGGGGAUGGGGAGUGGAUUUGGCAAGAGGUUUUGGGGUUUCUUUUCUAAGGGGAAGGUGGAGUUGGUGCAGGGGUGGCUUCGUUCCUCCCACCCCCCUCCGUGGCCUCGAUCACAUUGAUUCGGGUCCGAGGUGGUGUCGGUUGGGAUUUGGGGGGAUUCUCUUGGGGUUUUGUUGUUUUGUUGGGUUUGUUUUUUGUUGUUUUUUUUUUUUUAAAGAUGCUCAGCUUUUCCCGAGGCACCUUUUCGAGCUGUCACGUUACGCCGGAGUGCCCGGGAGCUGGGAGCUGGACAUUGUCUGUAUAUCAGCAGUUCUAUAAAUAGAAAUCCUGUAUUUGUGAGCUACAAAAUGAAGAAACAAACAAAGAAAAAACCUGGAAAAAAAAACCAGACCCACAAAAACUCUCUCUCCAUAAUGCACAUAUUUUUAUAGAGAAACAGAGAUGCUGUUUUUUGCAUUACAUGGGUGGUGUUUCCUUGGGUUUUCUGUGGAAUUAAUUAUUCCAGCCAUUCAUUUUCCAAAUGUUUCUUCUCUUUCCUCGCUUCCCUUCCCUCCACCAUCACCCCACCAGCUUCUUCUCACAGCUGAUGCUUCUGACAUCUCACUCAUUUUUCUUUUGUACUUUAGAGGUUGUCCUAAUUACAGAUGAAAAACCAAAUCACUACUGAAUUGUAGCCAGUGCAAUAAUAAGUUAUUCAUUCUUCUUGUCUGUCCAACUGUCCUGUUGCUUUUUUUCCCCCUCCCUUUCUUUUCAACUGAAAUUCAGGUUAAACGUCGCAAUAAUCUGAACUAACGUGCACAGAGACGGUUUCUUGUGUUACAAAGAGAAGCAACUAAUGAAAAAAAGGAAAGAAAACUACAUUUACCGAGAGAUUAAAAAAAAAAGAAACUGAACAAAUAAAUAGUAAAUUAUUUAAGAAAUGUAUUUUGUUUACUGCAGUUCUAAGUAAAUUAUUGAUACAGUGUGUAAAGGUGUAAAGAGCUGUCAUAGGUGACGUUCUUUGUGAGCAUUUAAGGUGAUGAUUUGUCCUCCUAGUGGCAGAACAACUCCGACCCCUCGGGGCAGUUUGCACUCCCUGUGCUUCCCUCCCAAUCCCUACACCCACACCUGGACACGUUCUCUUCCCAAGGCCCUUCCAGAAGCCUCUAGAGGAAUCCAGGUCACCUUUUAACACCACUUUGGGGGUUUUUUUGCAGCUUUUGGGGUUGAUUUUUCCUUUUUAGCCUCUGGUCCUUGCCCCUUCCCACCCCUCCUGCAGGCCCUGUGUCCACGGCACAGCUUGGCCAUGGGAAAUAGGAGCAGGAAGGAGCCCGUGGCAGCAGCCCGGACAUCCAGGGGGGGAUAAAGCCCAUCCAGUCGUUUCCGUUUGGUUCCUUCCGUGCCGCCUCAUAUUUAUGCAUUCACAUUUAUCUUCUGUUAUCGAUGCAUCCAUUACUCCAAAGGAAAUGUAUCUUGUUUCACAUCUAUUAAACUGUAUAAACUGGAA